UAAACGCGUUGAAGUGUGUAAACGUUAAACAUGGGUGACAAAAAACUGUUCAUGUUUGUUUUUGUUGGAUUGUUAUAUGUCCACACAACAAACACAUCGGAAGAAGAAGACAUAGAAACUUUCGUAGUAGAUUACUCACGGGAAGUGAUUUCUAUAAAUGUGUACACAUUCUACAUUAAUACUACCGAUGAAAUACACGAGGAUGAAAUAACAUCUGAAAUAUCUGGUAAAGAAUAUGUUCUAGAGAAUGCCACUAUCACUGGAAUCAAGAACUGUACGGGUGAACACGUUGUGUACGAUGUCAGUUGGAAAUAUAAUUCUGAUACCAAAUUAAACUUCACUAUGAACUGUCCGCGAGUGGUGGUGCAAUACAAAUCAAAAAUCUGUUCGACUGAUGUUGAUGAAAACGGUUAUGGAAAAUGUGAAAUUAUUUAUGAAAAUGAAUCCGUCAACGUAACAGCUGAUAUUGGUGAAAAUUACAAAGAAAUUCGCGAUGAAACUCACAUGACUGCAAAUGAUGUAACUCUUGUUUUUGAAGAUCAUGAACUACCAAGUAAUGAAACAGACAAAGCAAGGUUUAGAGAGCCAGUUUUCUCCGCUUUCCUGAAAAAAGCAGACUUAGUGUCCAUAUUAUUUUAA